GCGGGGUUAUUGAUAACCAACACUGCUGGCGUAAGUCGAUUCAGUUUUGGCCUUUCGCAGACAUUUUCAAUUUUUCGGCCGUCCAAAAACCGACGUUGUACCGAGAAAUCUUCACUCUUGCAUCCUAGUCAAAAAGAAAAACAAUCAUGGGAGGUGAAUUUGGAAAUUUAAAGAGCGACAUCCGCGGUGUCAUUACUACCAAACUGUCGCCAUUCGAACAAAAGGCAUUCAAAGGACUGUUUUCCCAUGGCGUGCCCAAUGCGAUUAGAAGAACCGCUUCUAAUUUGCCUUUCAUUGUACCUCCAAUGAUAUGUAGUUAUCUGCUUUAUCAAUGGGCCGAAGAAACCCACGACAAAAGCGUGAGGAAGAAUCCUGCCGACUAUGUUAAUGAUGUAUAAAUCAUUGUAAACAAUGUAUUACUUACCAUAAAAAAUGUAAUGUAGAUACUAGAAAAUUAUCUCUGUCAAACUAUAAAAUAUACCAUCGUAAUAAAGUGUCCGUUGUGAAAUACUA